AUGCUGAAACGUCACCCAACAGAACGGGGAAUCGGCAUCGAUCACUGGGCAGCGCUCGUGCUGCCGGGCAACGGCACGUAUGAGGUGUUCGCGGUGCCUGGUAAGACGUGUGGGUCGAGCACGAGUGCAGCGCCGGCGGUGUACGUGAAGGAUGUCGUUGGCGGCCAAGUGUGUGCGACGGUGCUGCAACAGAGCGGCGAAAUAGGCGAGCUGCUUCGGCCGCCAAACGGUCCCGUCGUGCGGGAUCCUUUCGAGGGGUACUUCGCCAUGCUGAACCCAACAGCGAAGACAGAGAAGCUGCUCUGUCGUUCCAAGUAA